AAACCCCGAGUGAUGGCCUUGUCCCAGGGGAAGGACAACCAGUGAAUGAAGGCUCUAGGCAGGAGCGACACUUCAUUUGUUGUGAGUAUGUCGGCGCAUCAAUAUGUACAUAGAAGCGAAAGCUAGAGCUGCCCCAUACGGGCCCGUGGAUUUGAUGGUGCUCGAGAGGCCCCUUCAUUGCAAAGGGACGUAUUGAUGAUGAUUCUAGCUCUAGGUAGCAAGCCAUCUGUUGAAGGCCUGAAUGCCUGUAACUCAUUUCUGGUCCCUUCUCCUGCAAAAAGUUCUCUCCACACUUCUCAUCUAUCUUUAUUUCCAUUCAUCUCUAUCCACCAGUCACUUGCUGCAUUGCAUCUUUAUCAUUCGUUUCCAAACAUCCAAAAGGAAAUCCACUGUUCGCUACUCACACAUACGAGCAUAAGUCUGCAUAUACCGACACAGAUUCUCAUAAGCAGCGUAUCAUAACUGCCAGCAUGGACACUGAUCUUUUAACCUGCAAUCCGACCGACAUCUUUAAUCCCUUCGACUCGGACCUUCCAUUCUACGCUGUCCCUGAAGCCAGUGAGGAUAUCUUUUUCUCUCUUUCCGACGAAGACUUUAUCUGCCAGUUCGACCGGGCCCCCGACGAGUCACCUCAACAAACGGCUGAAGAACCCGCCUGUCCACUCGAGAAAGAGACCCUUCCUUCAGAAGUUGCCAGUGACCAGCAGCUGAACAACUGCCAAAAUGCGGACGAUUCUUUCACGUCCGACUUUUUCGACAGUGCCUUCUGGAACCUCGAUAAUCUUGACAUUCCUGAAUCAUUCCCGGAUAUCAUUCCGGAACCCGCACAAGGCACAACACCUCAAGCAAACACAACAGUGGACGGAGAGAUAUUCAAUUCUGGAAGCCGCCCGCCUUCCCCCGGGACUCAAGACUCAGCCGAUACAUUUAUUGUUGACUCGCCUCGCGCUGCCGAAAGUCAUCCUGCUGACCCGGAAGAACCUCCUCGAAAACGGACAAGACACAGGAGAAAACAAAUCAUCCCUGCAGGAAUUUCUUAUAACGAGCUCGCUGGCUCUGUCGCCACUACUGAGCCUACACCUUCUUCGCCGGUUCCUCAGCAGACUCCGGUACACCAAAAUACGGUACAAGCAGCAGUCCAUUCGGUGCCAUCGGACCCCGUUUUCAACCCCAACUUCGGUAUUAGCCAGCUGGCUUUGGCCCUCCAGAACUUCGGGCAGACACUGAUGUCCUACCAUAACCUGGGACUCAACAAUUCGGCUCCUCCUCAGGUCAUACCUCUGCCACUGGUGCUACCGACACCUUGCGCCAGUCAAUUCGCAAAUCUAGUACCAAAUUCGACCUUCCCAACGCAGACAUCAUAUGCUUCCAUUCCAGUUUCGAGGAGACCGCCGGUGCCAAACCGGCCAGUUAUCGAUCUCACGACAACCUCUCAUAGUCAAUCUGCCGCACGUUCUCGCCCGCGCCCUGUUCAGCAGUUCACAUUCGCGGAGACCUCAGUGCCAGAGAGCUUUGUCGCCAAUCCAAACAACCACGGAAGGUGGCAGAUCGACGAAUCCGGAAGACGCCAUUACCUCAAUGGGCCCAGAAACAGGCGUCCCCACUAAAUACACCAUUUCGAACACCGGCAUUGAUACUCGACCUCAGACAACUGCAAACCACCCUUUUUCAGAAUUAAUGGGAGCCGAAUUUGCCUGCACACAUCACACCGAAGUCUUAGCAGGAAGGCGAACAAA